GAUAAUAUAACAAACAAACAAAACCAUUGAAAACGCCAAAUUCCGAAGAGCCAACGUGCCGUCUUGUUGGUGUGCAACGACUACCGUCCGUCCGCCCGUAUUUUUUUUAUUUUUCCAAUCAUUUUUUCAACUAUUUUCCCUCUUUUUUAAUGGUCCAUCCAGAUCGCGAAGUGUGUUUACUGUUUUUGUGUUAUUAAUCGUCACGUACUCGUGUUUAUCUGCACGUACGUUUGUCGUCCCGAGUGAUGUGAGACCGCAACUACACCUAUUUUUCCACGACGAGACCGGUUUUUCUUUAUCGUAUCAGUAAUUCGUCCAGAUUUUUCAAGUUUUCACCGUAAACGUUGUCCUGAUAAUUCGCGUAGGUUUGUCUUGUGUUGUACGUGUGGCAUGCCAUUAACAGUUUUUGAUUAACUCUCAUCGUACGUCGCUUACCAGCACAAUGCCAGGGUCGACAGUUUCCGACAAUGACCUGAGAAUGAAAAAGCGUAGUUUGGCAGGUAACGUAGCCCUUGGCUUGUACGUUUUGGCUUUAGUGUUUGUGUUCAUUUCAUUUUUUUCAACCAGUUGGUUAGUCAGUGAUGGAAGAAUCACGGGGGCAAAAUUAGAAAGUUUUGGACUGUGGACUCAUUGUUUUCGCUCACUACCAGAUCCUAAUGACCCGGCAGAGCGAAGGUUUUUUGUUGGAUGCCACUGGAUUUUUGACCCUUUCACUAAGGGAUAUGAUGAAAUCAAAGGAUUUUUGUUACCAUUUUACAUUGUGGCAACUCAGUUCUUUUACACAAUUACAUUCUUAGGAACAUUAGUAUCAGCUGUUGGUUCAUCAAUGUUUCUUCUAUGUUGUACACCUGAUGAAAAACGUUUUAUACAAAUAACUUUUGCGUUGGGGAUAACAUUGAUUGUAUCUGGCGUUUGUGCUGCAAUAGCAGUGUUAAUAUUUGCUUUGUUUGCUAAUCGACCAGGUUGGAUGCCUGGCCAUGACAACAACUUUUUCGGUUGGGCAUUUGGUGUGGCUAUUGCAAGUUUCUUUGCUUUACUUGCAUCUGGAGCAUUUUAUUUGGUAGAAACUAAUAUACAAGUGAAGAAAAGAAAAUAUUUGAAAGAAUCGCAAACUAAAUUUGACAUGGAAUCUAAAGGAUAAAAUGAUAUUUAUUUUUAUUUAAAAACUAAAAAUAUUUCCAAUUUAGACCAUUAGGAUAUGUUUUUGAUAGUAACUUUUAGUAUUAAAUUAUACAAUUUCCAUAAUCUGAUAGCAGUUAUUUUAUGAAACUAAUAAUCUCAUUUUUGUUUAAAUGAACACUACUAUACUAAUUUAAAUUAUUUAUUUGUUUAAUUGUGAUAAAAUGUGAGUUAAAACAAUUUUGACUGUUGUAUGAAACCGACUCCGUCCAUUUAUAACGAGUAUUAUUGCAAUAAUAUUAGUUAUUUAAAUUUAUACACUUUAUUUAGUUUUAAUAUUUCAAUAUCUCACAUCUGUAUGAAAUAGCUGUUAAAAAUAAAAGAAGUAUUAUAAUUUUAAGACCUAAUAUUAUAUAUUUUUUAUUUCCAUUAAGUAAGCCUGUAUUUAUUGUAGCUAAAUACUUGCAUUAUUAAAAUAUUUAGUUUUAAGGACAUCCUGUGCUACAGUUACAGGAUUCAUCACUGUAAGGGAUGAACACCAUUCAUUUUCAUUUUCUUAUGCAAUCUCAUUUUAAAGAUUUGUACUUGGUUGAUAUUUUUUAUUUUAUUUUAUCCUAUAAACUAGAUGCAUUGGCAUUUUAUUACACUAGCAUUGUAUUAUUUAUUACCAAAUCACUGCAUAUUAAUUCUAAGUUAAGUAUUCUAUUAUCUUUAUUGCUUAUCAAAAAAAUAUUUAAGUUUUCUUUUGUAUAAUGCCAAAUAUGUAUAUUAUUUGUUUUUAAGAAUAUUGUCAACAAUAGUAUUAUUUUUAAACAAUAUACCUAACAUAGCUAAUUUAGUUAUCACCAAUAAGUAAUAACUAUAAAUUUGUCAAAAAAUAAAUGAGAAAA